AGUUCACCAAGACAAGUCUUACGGACCUGUCGUGUUUCCAGAAGAUCCACAGGUAUCCUUGGUAACGAGGCCUGUGAUUUGGACUCAGUGGUUGCCACCCUUGUCUAUGGUUACUACCUGUAUAGUGUGCGAGGCAGUGAUGCAUCAACGCUUUUCUUACCAAUCCUCAACAUUCCCAGAGAGCAGUUCAGGCUGCGGACAGAGACUACCCACUUCCUGUCAAAGGUCAACUUGUCACUUGACCUCUUGACCUUUCGGGAUGAGGUUGACCUCUUGAAUUUGCAUAAUGAGGGCAAACUUUUGUUGUCUCUGGUUGACCAUAAUGUGUUGCCAGCAAAAGAUGCCAUUUUGGAAAAUACUGUGGUUACUGUGAUUGACCAUCGUCCCCAAGAGAGGCCGGACUCAGAAAGGACAGAGGUAAUUCUGGACUUGGUGGGGUCCUGCUGUACCUUGGUGACAGAGCAGCUUCUUCAGCACCCUUUCUUUGACAUGGAUGACCAGAUAGCUACACUGCUCUAUGGCACCAUACUCAUUGACACAGUCAACCGCUCACCUGAGGCGGGGAAGACAACCUCCAGAGAUGAUGAGAUUCUGGAUGAACUCGCCAGGAAGCUACCAGAUGUCAGCGCUAAGGAGUUGUUUGAUGAACUUCAGGAGGCAAAGUGCAACAUCAGCGGUCUGAGUAAUGAGGAAAUAUUGCUGAAAGAUUUGAAAAAGAUCGGAAAUACAAACAUGACCAUUGCCAUGUGUUCUGUGAGCAGGGAUUUACAGGGAUUUACAGGUAUGGGGAAAUACAAACAUGACCAUUGCCAUGUGUUCUGUGAGCAGGGAUUUACAGGUAUGGGGAAAUACAAACAUGACCAUUGCCAUGUGUUCUGUGAGCAGGGAUUUACAGGUAUGGGGAAAUACAAACAUGACCAUUGCCAUGUGUUCUGUGAGCAGGGAUUUACAGGGAUUUACAGGGAUUUACAGGUGAGGGGAAAUACAAACAUGACCAUUGCCAUGUGUUCUUUGAGCAUGGACUUGCCGGUAUGGGGAAAUACAGACAUGACUGUUGCCAUGUGUUCUGUUAGCAUGGACUUGCCAGUAUGGGGAAAUACAGACAUGACCAUUGCCAUGUGUUCUGUUAGCAUGGACUUACAGGUAUGGGGAAAUACAAACAUGACCAUUGCCAUGUGUUCUGUGAGCAGGGAUUUACAGACACUCCUGGACAGAGAUGGUUUUGUUGAUGACCUGAAGUCUUUCUGUGCGGCCCAAGGCGCUGAGGUGGCUGUCCUCAUGACUUUGUCAAGCUCCGGCUCUUCAGUACAACGGCAACUGGCUGUGUACUCUGAGAACAGGAUAUUUAGACAGCAGAUUGCUGAUCUUCUGGACACAUCGUCAUCACCGAGCCUUCAACUAGAGCCCCAGCCAAGCCCCUCAGAAUCGCUCAUGUGCUUUUCCCAAGGGAACGUCAAGGGCUCUCGAAAGAAAGUCAUUCCGAUUUUGAAGAGCUUUUUGACAGGGGAAGAAACUCCAGGGAUGGAUGUGUCUGGAUUUCCAUUUGAGGGACUGGAAUCAGGAACAAUAGGGAGUGAUGUCCCUUUAACAAACAUUAAAGAUUCUUUUAGUCAGGAAGUUCCCGAGGACUUUCCUCAGGACACCAGUGAUGAUCCUUUUGGUUUAUUUUCGGGAGGGGGCGAGGCCAGCAGUGAGAACCAGUUCAGUAGUUCCAAUCCUUUUGCCGACGAUUUCCUGAGCAGUUCCAAUUCUAAUGCAAAUCAGUCUCCAUGGCAGCAUCAAGCAUCAGACGAAUUCGACCCAUUCAGUUUAGCAAGUCUGGAAAGCAACUCCGAUGACAAAAAGGAGAGUGGAAGAAAUCAAAUGGAUUCCUUUAUUGACAGUUUGUUGAGCGGAAGCAAUUCUGGUGUUGAUCCACCACAGAGUGCUGAAGGUAUGAACAGUGCUAAGGUAGAGGCUACUUCUGACCUUGAGAGUUCCUUGGAAUUGUCCACAGAGGUGAAAUCAGCAGGGUCCAGCUACCCAGUCACACCCCCUAACAGCUUUCUGGAGUCAGACAUGGAAAGAUUUGCCAAAGAGCAUAAUUUGCCAAGCUUCAACAACUCAGAGAUGGUGAAGAUCAUCAAAGACAGACAGGCGUCUUUGGACAAAGAUGUGAUUCCAGAAGAACAAGGGGAGGAAAGUGACCUGUUUCCUUACACACCUCGCAACAGCUACCAGGAAAGCCCUCUGGAGAGUCUUGACAGGCACCACGAACUCCCGAGCUUUCAGAGUGAUGAAAUGCUUCAGAGGAUUAUGGAUAAGAGAGCUUCUCUUGGAGGGGAGGUGAAUGAACGGGAUUCCAUGUCUAACAGAAGUAGCUCAGACAGGAGUUUCCCUGAAGAAGAAGCAGCCCAACAGAUUAAAAAUACUGCUGCAUUUGCGAUAACCCAAGACAUAAAAGGUUCAAACCCAUUUGGUAUGGCAGAAAUUGGUCAAGAUGGAGGGGCUGACAAUAUGGUCGCUCAAAGUCUGGCACAGGAAAUGACAGAUGCAGAUCCUUUUAGUCUUGGGAUACAGCAGACACAAGGAUUCCUGCAAAAUUCUGGGAAAGCCUGUGACGAUGACCCUUUUAGACUUGGGCUAAUGUCAAAUGCAGACACAAACGUAAGUGAAACAUCUGCUGGAGACACCACAGACUCUGAUCCUUUUUGGCUUGCACCAGCAAACCAGGAAAAUGUUUUGGCUGCAAGUAUAGCUGAGGAGAUGAAGAGUUCUAAUCCGUUCAGCAUUGGAAAUGAAGCGGACACAGGUGAGAGUGACACACCUGAACAGCCAACGGGUGUUGUCAGGGAACGAUCUGUGGAGAAUUUUCAAGACUUCUUGCCAGAAGUGGAGCGCAAUGUCAUUUCUCCUGAUCGUUCUCCAAAACACAGAGCCCUAUCUGAUGGUGCUGCUUCGGGUCAACAAGAGGCAGCUAAACUGGAUGAAAUUUUUGGCUAUGGAGAUUUAGACAGCAAUUUGAAGAGGAAUCUCUACCAACAUAACAAAGAGGCAAUGGCUGAGGAUAUUAUUCGCCAAAAUCUGGAAGAAGCUCAGAGGAAAGCCUCUGACCAGAUGGCUGGGAUUGUGAUGCAGCAGUCUUCUGUGGACAAAUUUUCUGAAGAAAUGAAGAAGCCAGUCUUUGGUGCGGUGGAAGUAGAGGAGGACCAUGGUUCAUUGAUGGAAGACAACAUUGUGGCUUCAAACAUUGCUCUAGAAAUGAAACCAUCAGGUCAAGAUGAAGAGGAAGUGGAGAACCAAUCAUUUGGAUAUCAUGAAGAAAGUGAAAAUGUUGUUGCAUCCAGCAUUGCUGCUGAAAUCAGCUCAGAAGAUGUUAUGUCCAAUGACAAUGUUGUGGCAGCUAGCAUUGCUGCUGAAAUGAAGUCAUCCAGCUCAGAAGAUGUUAUGUCCAAUGACAAUGUUGUGGCUGCUAGCAUUGCUGCUGAAAUGAAGUCAUCCAGCUCAGAAGAUGUUAUGUCCAGUGACAAUGUUGUGGCAGCUAGCAUUGCUGCUGAAAUGAAGUCAUCCAGCUCAGAUGUUAUGUCCAAUGACAAUGUUGUGGCAGAUAUGCAUUCAGACCAGCAGAAAGAAAAGGCUAAAAAUACUUUCUCGCGGAUGGAUAGUCAAUAUCUGCUUGAAAAUGAAAAUAUGAUGGCAGGAUUGAUUGCCAAUGACAUGGAAACAGAGUUGUUCUCUGAUAAGGAUAGAGAGGGGAUUUAUGAUGAAAAAAAGAACUCUAAAGGGGUGAAAUUUAGUGAAAGUCUUAGUUCAUCUUCAGACUCUGAAAAUUUUGAUGCCCCUGACAAAUCAUCUUCACUUGGCUUUGAAACAGAUGGUGGAAAAAGUGAAGAGUUGGCUGUUGCGCAGAAAUUUGCAGAAGAAAUUAUCUCAGAAGCAUGUGAGAUUGUUGCAAAAGAUGAAAAGUCUGCAUCUGAAAGUGCUAAGGGAACUGCCUCCAAAGGGCUGUCAAGGAGAGAAAUGGCUCUGAAAAUGAUGGAAGCAGAUGAAUUUGACAGCGAAGAAGAAAGUGAUAAGGAAGAGGGUGAUGUUGAGCCUGGUAAUUCAGAGGAGGAAAGAGAUGAUUCUGUUGUGGAGGAUGACAUAGAGAAAGAGGACGAAGGAAGUAAAAAUGAAAAGUUAGAUGAGGCUAAUACUCCAGAAGAACCAGCAGAAAGUGAUCAAGACAAACCAAACAGGCUUCAGGAACAUACAGAUCAUGGUCAGCUGGAAGGUGGACAACCUGAGGAAGGCCCCGAGUCAGAUGUGUCCAUAGCACGGAGGAUUACAGAUACGGUGUUGUCAGAGGCCUUAGGCCAUGUGUCCAAAGAAGCGGAAGACUCGGCCAUUGCUGAGAAGCUUGCAGAGGCAAUGAGAGAAUCCAACAGUGAAGAGGAUUCAGAUGAGCUGGAUAAAAAAGUGAAGAGAACAAGGUUUGGCGAUGAAUGUAGCGUCACUGAUGCUGACAACAAUGUUAAUAAUUCAGAAUCUGUUGAUAAUGAAGAGCCUGAAAUAUUGACAAGAGAAAGCCAUUGGAAAGGGCACAUGGACAACGAAUGGGAUAGCAUGGAUGAGUUCAAGAAGGACAAUGAAAUUGUAGAAGACAAUGGGAAUAAAGAGGACAAUGGCAUAAAUACAAGCAAUACAAGGUCAGACACUAAAGAUCUCAGUCCAGAUAGUGAGGAAGCUGUACGGGAAGUGGCAUUUGACAUGGCUGCUGAUAUUAUCCAGAAGGCUUUGGACACGUUUCCAGUGGAAGAAAUGGUUGAAGAACCUGAGGAAUCAUUGUCUUCAUCACCUUCCUCCGACAUUUCUCCCAACAGUGAAAAUUACCCUCUUGCUGAAGGUCACACUGAAAUGAAACGGUCGCAUGAAAUGUGCCCAAUAGCUUUGAAAGAUGAUAAAACAAACCAGGAGUUGGCUUUGCCACUGGAAACUGAAUACUUGCCAAAUGUGGAUCCCCUGCGGGGUAGCCUGGAUCUGGUCACAAGCCCGGUGCAGAAGCUGGAGACAGACGCCUCAAAGGAGGUAGCCGAAGACACUAGUUUUAAGCAGCUCAGCACUGAGAUCUACUCCAGUCAUAGUGAUGAGGAGUCUGAGGAGUCUGUGAUUGAGGAUCUAACAGCCAGCAAAGGGUCUUCAUUGGGAACCUCUGCAUCUGAGGGCAAGGAAUCUGUGAUAUCUAGUCAGACAGGUAAAGACAAGCUUACAGAGAAAACACAAGCUCCUCUGAUGUCAUCAGAACAUUCAAACCUUUCUGAGGUAUCAUCACAAUCCACAAGUCAAUCAGAGCAGGAUUCUGGGGAGAGUUUGAGAACAGAAGCCGCUGCUGGGAUAGAAAUGGUGCAUGCCUCCAGAACAACAGAAUCCGCUAGCUCUAAGCAGGAACUGCAGCAAGAUGAGCCUUCACUUCUCGAUGGUAAGAAGCGAAAGGAGGUGUAUAUGACUACAGCAGGCCGGAUCAGUAUCUCCACGGACUAUCAAGCGGAAUCUGACGAUGACCACCAGAUGGCGUUGACUGAAGUGACAAUAGCAGAAGAGUCUCGUCAUCAGGUAGGAGAAAUCCUAGCAAGGGCUGAAUCUGUUGUCGGGCAUGCUGACGCUGAGCUUGCAUGUUCUGCUGACACUGCGCAGCAGGAUGAUGUGACUGAUGAGGAGUUUCUGUACAAAAAGACUACUCGUGAUUUGGCAGAGGCAAUAGCUGAUACAGAUUCUUCAGAGUUUCAGCAUGAAACAGCGCAAGACAGUGUGGAGUCAAGGGUCGUUCCCAUAGAAACGGAGGUGAGACUGAGGCAAGACAGUGAAUCCAGUGACACAUUCUCCAGAUCAGCGCGUCCUACAACACUUAGUCUUCCGCCAGCCUCUCCAGCUCUUCAAACUAAACGUAAAAUUCACCCAAACAUAGACUUGAUGGCAGGGGAGGGGUCAGACUCUGAUACGAGCCCAGGGGGCGAUGACGACUCGUCUCUCAGUAGUGUUGAUACAGAGCCCUUAGACGACAUUGACGAUCUAGAAACACCUGACAUCACUACACCUGACGCUUUUGGAAUGGCCCCUGAGCUUGAAUGGGAAAAUGAUACACCUGUUGUAAGUCCAGCUGCAGAAGCUAUCCCAGAAUACACUGCAGAGGAAGAGUCGGAUGACCAGAAGAAUUGGCGGAAGGUUACGAUCGGAGAUCAGCAGUUCACAAUUGACAUGAAAGUUGUGGAGCCAUACAAGAGAGUUCUCUCACAUGGAGGCUACUAUGGAGAAGGUCUUAAUGCGAUGAUUGUGUUCUCUGGUUGCUACCUCCCAGACAGGAGUCGCAAAGAUUACAGCUAUGUCAUGGAAAACCUGUUCUUUUAUGUGAUCAGCACUCUGGAGCUGCUGGUGGCAGAAGACUACAUGAUCGUGUACUUCCACGGAGCCACGCCUCGACGACAGAUGCCCAGCUUUAGUUGGCUGAAACGAUGCUAUCAGAUGAUUGACAGGAGACUGAAGAAGAACCUAAAAGGCUUGUUACUCGUCCACCCCACCCUGUGGAUAAAGACCAUUAUCAUGAUGAGCAGGCCCUUCAUCAGCUCCAAGUUUAGCUCCAAGUUGAAGAUUGUGAAAACACUUGCAGAGUUAGAGACGCUGGUGCCCAUGGAGUAUGUGUUUGUGCCUGACCAAGUCAAGGAAGUUGAUAAAGUUGCCAUGCUAAACCCAACUGCUUUAGAGAAAGGUUUUGACAGCCCAGAUGACCUGAGCACUGCCGCUGCCAGCCCAGUCAAUUUGAGCAGCUCAGGCAAGAAGAAAACAAAGGCCCGCUUCUGGAAGAGAAAGAAAUGAUAAACCACUUGAUGUGUUACAAAACUGCCAUUUAUUUGCUGUCUGCCACAUGAUUAGGUUAGAUUACAUACUGUAUUUGCAAAUUUGUCAUGCGCAUGUUCUGGCUGAUUUUUUGUUGAUCUGUGUUAUUUGUAUAUUUUUGUGACAAAUGUCUUUCUAAGUACUGCUGUCAAACACCAAUCAAAUGAUACAUUAUCUUUGAAAUGGAGUGUUUUUGAAUGUACAGAUAUAGUUUUUGGUGAAACUGGUGGUAUCAGAGAGAGUUUGCUGUACUUUUUAUUUUACUGUUUUCUUGGCUGCAGGCAACUUUUUUUCCUGCAUUUAUUAGAAUGGUACCGUACAUGGUAACUAGUUUAUUGACCACCAUAAUCAUGAUAAUGGAGCACAGCUGACAGCCUAACCUCCAACAUGGCUGAAAGAUUUGUUCAGCUUUAAAAUACAGUUACAAGUAUGAUGUCAGUCGCAUUCAAAACCUCUGGAAACUACAGUGUGUCUUGAUUAGGGUGUCUUGUGUUUGUGGGGUCACAGAAUUUGCCUGGAGUCAUCCAGUUUGCUUAGUUUUAUGAUGCUUCUUUUUGCAUGGUUAUAUUCCAUGGAGUGUACACGAAGGUCACUUUUGAAGAUUUCACUCAGUUUUGCUUAAAAUAAAUCUUGUCAACAACAGCUAGUUUACCUUUAUACAAACUGUCAUCUGUGAUUUCAGAUGGUCACAGCAUUUCUUGUUAACUGAAAUAAAGUUGAUUGUUCUUAGUAUUUUGUACUCUGUUUUCAUGUAAAUAACAUAUUUAACUGGAAUGUUAAAGUUUUAUGGGUACUUUGUGUCACAUUGGGAAAGUGUGUCAGAUGAUGUUGACGUGGGCAAACUACAACAGCUUAGGUCUAAGGAAUUAUUUCAUAAUAAGAUAAUAUUUUUGGUGGUUUUUUUGUCAUUGUUUUUGGAUUGAUUUUUGUUUUUAUUAUCUGUGUUAUCACAUAAUGCUCCAGGUGGUAUUACAGUUACCAGAAAAUGUUUUAGGUGGUAAGCUCUAUAUGUUCAUUUACAAUAGAGGUGGAACAACACUAAUCAAGUUUUGACACAGUGUUCUGUGGGGAUAGUUGUCACAUAAUGCUCCAGGUGGUAACAAAGUUACCAGACAAUGUUUUAGGUGGUAAGCUCUAUAUUUUCAUUUACAAUAGAGGUGGAACAACAUGUUUUUAGUGUGUCAGAAAUCAUACUCAGUUUGCAUACCUGCUGUGUAUGUUUGUGUAUAGUGGAAUUAUCUUCAUUUUUAAUAAUCACUAUGUUUAGCUGUUACUUACUGUUGAUCAGGAAUAAUAACAGAUGCAUAAAUAAGCUUAAACUUUGUACAUACAUAUAGUUACUGGAUACAGUGUAUGUUAAUGUUAUGUUGUUAUAAGAAGUAGUUGUACAUUUUGAUUCAUCCAUGAAUUAGACUAUAUUUUAAUUUAUACUUUAUUAAAGCUUAGCUGAAAGGUGGUUGGGCUGUGCUGUUGAAGUUAUUGUAGUUUACAACAAGCUUUAUUUCACACAACUCCAGCUACAUAUAGGCCUAUCAGAGCGGUGGACAUGUUCUGGCGUUCAAAUACAUGUAGGUUGUUAAAUUUUCCUCUGAGAUGCCAUUUUUGUCCACAACAAUUCUCAGCUGACAGAAGGCCCAGGUGAAUGUCUGUGUUCCACUGUGACUUGGUCACGUAGAUGUAUAUACAUGUAUGACCAUUACCAGACUCCACCUUCAUUAUUUGGCAUUUAUUCUGAAAUGUAACCUUGAAAGUGCUUUCUGUCUGAAAUGUACUAUGAAGUCGUUCACAUUCCUUCUGACUUUGAAGGUCUUUUGUUUUACCGUUUUGCAGUGAAUGUCAACAGGAACCUGCCCUCCACGUCUCACGCCCUUACCCGCCUAAUUCCCACCUGACCUUGGAAGUCGUUCAACUUUAGAAAAAGCCAUCAAAUGUUUAUACUUAUUUGUCAGAUCUCUGAUGCCAUUUGUUGUUCAAAAUCCCGUGCCUCCAGACUCGACCAUGUACAUGUGUAUAGCAUUUGACCUUGAACUUUUAACUCUGGCACACUUUCGGAGAGGUUUGUAACCGUAAUUCUUUUUUGAUAUUUGCCUUCUUAACCACAUUCUUGUUAAAGAAAAUCCCUAAAGUGCCAGAGUCCACUUCCCUCCUGUCUCUUUGCUUGGUGAGAAAACCAUUAAACCUUGAAGUGCCAGACCCCUCAUCGCCCCGUGUUACUUAUGUCCCGGCUGCUCUAACCAUGUAAACAAAAAGUGGUAAACCUUAAGUGCCAGACACUGUGUCCCUCCUGUAACCGCUGUAGCUAGUGCUAUUAUUGAUAACCUGUGUUUCCAUGCACAUCCCAUGUGAUAAACAUUGCAUAAAAUGUGAACAAAUGUACAUAUAUUAACCUUAAUCAGUGAUAUGAGCUUGAUAAAACCAUCAAAUGCAUGUAUAUGUGUACUUGGAGUUGACAUAAUAGAGCAAGUGAAGGUAAGGAAUGUCACGAACCUGUACUUAAGUUGAUUGUAGACAGAGAUUUGAGAUAAAUGAUGAGUUGAGAUAGAGAUAAAUAGACACUUACCUGCCCAUGUGAGACCGGCGUUAUACAUUGAUAUCAUAUCCUGUCUGUAAUAGCAAAGGCUUUGUAGGCACUUAUUGUGUGAUCUGCAAAAAUUGGUCAAGUGGAAUCAAAGAGUGGCCCUUAGCAGGGAAGCUAUAGCUCCUGACUAGCUUUUUUCGUUCACGAAACUUUGAUGAAUGAGGUCUGUUCGUAUAAGUUGUGUUCUGUUCACAGUACUUGGUACCUGGGCGUACAAGGUGUUUGUUUAAGGUUUUACAUGAACAAAGAUUUAGGUUUGAAAAACCAUUGGCUAACCUAAUUCUGCCGACGGUCUCACUAUGCUGUCACAUAUAUUCUAUAUUCUCAAAUACAAAUGUUUUCGCAAAUAAUUCCUGGUAUAAUGUAAUGUAUACAAAUAUUUAAUACAUAUCUAUGCUACAUGUGUACAAAUAAUAAUAUACUUUAAUAGAAAGUGGGAUAAAGAGGCACUGAUUCGUACUAAGAUGACUGUAUAAAGUGUUUUCAGAGACAAACGCCUUAUUUACACAAGGUUGGGUCGCCUGGGCUGUUGCGUCUUUCUGUGUGUGCUAGUACAUUUGUCAUAUGCCGUUAACUUCAAGAACCUUGGAAUUUGUCCUUCCUCUAGGAGAUGGGAUGGACAUUUAUGCUUCGAUUUUUUUUUCUCGGAAAGUAUUUCUUUAAAUUUAGAUCUAAAGUUUUUGUGCAAAAUGACGGUGUGAACUGUCAAAGGCUGUCUUGUAGUGUCUAAGCCAACACGCUCUGUCCAGUUCAAAGCCAUUUUGAGAUUUGACGAUUGAUGGCGUUUUCUGUAGUUUGUAUAAAGCUGUUGUGAGAGUAAUACGGUGAUAUUGACGUAUACUUUCGAUGUCAGUGGUUGUGCACAGUUAACCACAUUUUUCUGGUAAAUGGCAGUUGAGCCACUUUUCUGUGACUUCUUUCAAAUGGUUGUGUAUUAAUAUACACCAGUACUAUUGUGUCUUUCACACGUUUGUGUUUGGGGAAGUUGUUUUUUAAUUACAGGAGGUGAAAUAACAUUUUAUAAGAUGAGGCACAGUGGUAAGAGCGUGGGAAUUAGGGCAUGUUAAAAUAGUGUAGGGUGUCAAUAAGAACAGGGGUCAACAGAUCUAUUAAUAAAUCUUUAACAUAUAGCAGCUUUUGUCCAUUACAAAGAUAUCAGGCUGUGUUUCACAACCGUAUACAAGAACCACAUAGGAACAGGUGAUCAAACGGUUUGGAAAUUGUCAAGUAGAGAAGGCUCAAGUCACCUGUACGAUCAUGUAAUCAGUCUGUAAUACAAGUGAAUCAGAGGUGGCCUCGUGCAAUCUUACACCCUGUAUUAUACAAAGAUAUUGCUAUACUUUCCUUUCAUUGUACCUUGAACUAGUCAUACGCUCUAGCCUUAAGUAAGUGUAGCGAUACAGUCAAACUGGGAUCAUUUGCCGUCACUACGUCGAACGAAAUGGCUAGUCGGAAAUCCCAGCUAUAUUUAUAAAUAAUCAAACGCGAUUGUUUCGAGAGCGUUCUUUCACCGAAACCGAACAUUUCUAGAUUGUUUUUUGUCUUUUUUUAAAUUUUAGUCACUUACACCAAGUCCAAUGGUGGGUUGCAAUAGUCAUUGUAUUAUAGGGUACGGUAAGAUAUCUCUUCUGUUGUGUGCUGGGGCUAGUAAACAUGUUUUGAUAAUGUUCAGUUAACAUUAAAUGAAGUUUGACAGACACCAUUUCAUAGCAAUACAAUACCUUUCGCUAUUAGAUGUUAAUUAAGCUGUACAGUUUUCUGCCAAAGGUAUACCAUUAUACAAUUUAUAUGUCACAUCCGGUUGUACGCUGAUGGUUGAAUAAAACAAUCUCCCCUUUAA